AUGGGGGACAUGGUUGUGUGGCUACCAUCGUGGAAGUCGUCACAGGGUGAGAGGCGCCUAGGGUACCCUGCACCCCCAGAGAAGGGCUUGGAUCGCGCCCAGUGUUGGUCGGACGUCAUCAAAGCCCUGUGCAGCUUCUCCAGCCAGGAGUCCGCCCCACAGGUGCGCAACCAUGCAGCUGUGAAGCUCCACAACGCUAUUAUCAUGGGUGAGCAGCUGCAGCUGGACGCCCAGCAGUGGGGCGCCGUCCUGAAAUACGAGCUGAUCCCUCUUGUUCAAGCUCUGAUAACACGAGAGAAGGCAUGGGAUGUGGAGGAGAACUUCCAAACAGUCAAGCUGGCUGUCAAGACGCUCUCCAAGACCUUCUUGCAAUUUUUGAACCUGCUCCAGAAGCUGCCAACAUUCUCUGCGAUCUGGCUGGAGAUGUUGACUGUGCUCCAGAAGAGCUGCUACCGGCAUAACGAACUGGCCGAGUCUGUCCCCGAGGAUGUGAAGAACAUGCUUCUGGUCAUGGCCAAAGAGGGCGUGCUCACGCAGGACUGGAAAGACUCCAAAGGGAAGAAUCUUUGGGAAGCGACUUGGCGGGAAGCCCAACGAAUUUCAUAUGCAUUGACACCCAAAAUUCUUGUUAGCUGA